GUAAAAUAUUAUUGAGUAGGGAGUAUCGUGGUGUGUGUCGCUGUAGCAGCACAACAUGCAAUUCACCUAGAUCGACUAGGCAUGGUUUCGCUCAUCUUGGCUCUUUGAAGGAAGACUACUUAUAUUCCUUUGGCAAGCUGAUUUCUUCUUUUUCUCUGGAGUCUGUCCGUGGUUCUAUUCAAUAGCUCUUCGUACCAUAUUUCUACGCGUCGGGGUUUUUGGAAAGACGUUCGAUUUCCUGUGUAAUCAAGAAAUCCUUUUCAUCAAAUAUUGAUCGUCGCAUAUUAGCAGUAUGUUGCUGUCAUCGCGUGCGACCAAGAUACUCGAGGAGGUCAAGAAUGGUUGCUGUAUGCUUUACGGUGCUGAGUUUUUCACUGAAGAUGAAUGGGUGAAAAUAGACGCGUUACUGCACAAGGGAAAAUAUGUUUUCACAAACGGCCCCCAAGAACAGUUGCCAGAUGCGCACGAACCUUCGGAAUCUAGACAGCUCGUAGUAAUCGAAGACAAAGCAGUGUCUACAACUCCCAGCAAUGACCAAGGUGGUCUUCAAGAGCAUGAUGGACCCUCUGAGGAUGAGCCCAAAUCCAAUACCUUGGUCAGAUUGACCAACAAUGAUAAUGAAAAUUCUUUGAAAUCACCGUCAGAUCCACCUUGCUCCCAUUGCCAGGCUCGUCCCCAGUUCCCCGAAAAUGAGCCUCGCAUCAAUUUGCCCAAGAAACAUGGACCUUCCUCAGUCGAAUUUACGCGCGAUUUUGAGCCAAACGAGGGACUUACACGAAGCGGGCAAACAGGAGCGAGAGACAAACCCAAAAUGAUCCUGCCUAAAAGUGUAGCUAGCCCUGGUACUCAGUCAACGCCUGUCGGCCCACGAUCUAAGAAGACAGCACCUUCGGUCCAAGUAAGCAAGUCUUACAGAGCUAUUAAGGAUUUCAAACCUCUACCUGAGACACCUGGUGGGCUCAAAAUAUGUUGUGGCGAUAAAAUUAAGGUCAAACAACUUGUUGGGACGAAGCUUUGUAUGGGGUGGAAUUCCAAAACUGGGCUAUUCGGUAGCUUUCCUGUGUCUGCAAUCUUACAGGACGAUGAGGCAAGCAGUAAGAAACCAAAUCAUGGUAGCCCAGCUCCGAAUAAAGCUGGCGGCUUUUCUAUGGAUGACUAUGACAAUAGAAAAACGGCCGAAUGGGCAGAUGAUGACGAAGAUGAAAUCAGACCACCACCAACUGAGCCGCACACCACAUCGAACAGUGUCGAAGAAACGAAGCAGAUAGAAAACCUGAAAGGUUCCGAACUUGCUGCUUCGGCUAAUAAUGACCACGAGAUUAUCGAUGAGAGUGACAGCGAGAGCGCUGGAAUAGAGUCAAGGGUCUCUAGUCUAAACACAGAACACGAAGAAGAUGUGGUCAAUGAGCAGAAGCGGAACAAUGCGGACUGUGAAAACAAGGAGUUACAAAUGACAAAAUAUCGCCCCGACAGAGCAUAUAACAGUUCCCCUAAACCUGGAAAAUAUAUGACAACCAGAGACAGACUUCGUGUAGAACCUCAUGAAAUUAUCGUUCCAAAGACUGAAGUCUGUUAUUACUGGGAUAGUCCAAAGGGCUGUCGCUUCACAGAAGAGCAAUGUCGAGAUCUCCACGAACACCGCGAGUACACUCUGCAGACGAACAUACGAAACGGCAAAAUCAACCCGGGCCUUCUUUUCGAUGUCGUCUAUGCGGUUCCCCCUCCCGAGCCGGGUAUGCAACAUCAGCCUGCUGAUCCCAGCACCACCGUCGGAAAACGUUUCACGUGUUUCUUUUGGCACUCCUUUACGUCGUCCGAAAGUAGCAAAAAGUGUCUCAACACGGCUGCGGCUUGUCAGUUCCUUCAUACUUACGUCGGAAGCGAGGGCAUCCUGCAUAAAGAAGUUCAGAUCCAAGCAUUCAGGAAUCGGAACAGGAUACCAGUUGCUAAACAACGCCUUUCACCUCCUUCCGAGGCUGUGGAUGACCAGGGAUGGGGAUUGCCAUCUGCGUCUCCUUUAUUCGACUAGUCAACGAGAAGCAAGCAUACAAUUUGCAAGACAAAGAUAAAGGCUUCGAAAUGGACAUUGUACACAUUGUACUUUGGAUCAACAAAAAUAUAGCGCGGAUCACCGAUAGGAAUCCUUGAUAAGAUAGCUUUCGUUUUCUUCUUCUGGCGAAAAUUUGCCAAAUAUGGCUCUUUUACCUAAAUUGACAAAGUGGGUUUCUUAACUAAAUUGAUGAAAUGGGAUUUAACAUAGCUGGGAACAAUAAAAACAGAAAAUCAUACUCUA